AUGACAAGAACAGACCCUGUAAAUAGCUCGUCAUGGGAGACGAAGAGCAUUGCUGCUACGGACGAUGGCCAUCGAAUUGACUCGGUCGGCCAAGAUUCCCGUCCUCGAGGGCGCAUUCGUCGCUCCAUGACCGCUUGCAAUACAUGCCGCAAGCUGAAGACCCGGCUCGAUUGUGAAUUACCGGAAACACAGGAUCGAUUUCAGGAUAAUGCGUCCACAUGGUCUGACGCCAAUGCGACCAUCCCCUCCAUUGAGGAGCGGUUGGUUUCCUUGGAGCGUGGCAUGGGCGAGAUGAUUCAUCUGAUGCGGCAAAUGGUCAAUCAGCCUCUUAAUGUCUCUGGGAGCCCUCACUCUCAUACCACCAGAAGUGUGGACGAGACGACUUCUUCAGGUGAUAACUGGCCUAUGCCACCCUUCACUCUCAAGCCGGUCCAAUUCAUCCGAGAUUUGCAAAUCGAAUGUUUCCGAGACCAAUUCUCCGCCGAAGCAGAUUUACUGGGUGACGUCGUGUCCCAGGGUAUCAUAGAUGCUAAACUCUCCCUGAAGCUGAUCGAACUCUUUGUCGAUUAUUUCAGCCCUUGGGUCUCAAUAGAUCUUUCUACCAGCAUUCAGCGGACAGACACCCUCCUUUUUAAUACAGCCUGUUUGCUGGCUUCCCGAUAUCUGCCUGGAAUGCCUGCAAAUACUAUUCAUGAAAUUUCUCUUCAAGUACAAAAUGAAGUCACCAAGGCACUUUGGCGGAGGUCUCCAUUGACAAGUGAUCUGCUCCAGGCCCUGGCACUGCUUUGUCUCUACCCUACAUCGGGCCAUAAAGAAGGAUUCGUGGACGGCUGGUUAUUGAGCGGGAUCUCAAUCAACCAUGCAUUAAUCUCUUUCAAUUUCCUCAAUAAUUUACCCCUCAAAAGUGUUUUAACCGAUGGAAUGCUCCCCCAGAUGCGCCUCUGGAACACGUUUUGUCUCACACAUUUACACUCUUCCUUCGGCUACGGGCGCCCGGUCAAUGUGCAACAGUAUCAUCUUGACCACUGUGGUCGGAUUCUAGACCAUCCAAGGGCUACUUCUGAAGAUGGCCGGAUCGUUGCAGAAAUCCAAUUAUACCGGAUUGCUCUCGGACUGCAGAGUAGUAUUCAGCGUCUUCGGUGCGCCGAAUCUGAGUAUGAAGAGCUUGAACGAUGGAAGAUGGAAUGGGCCCAUCUUCUCACAAACGAAGGCCAAUCCACUCUUGAACUCAGCAUCUGGUUCUGCCAACUUCUCCUCCACCGCACCGCAUCGCGUCUCCAACACGAUUCUGACCGACUCAUCCAAGAAAUCUGUAGCAAUGCACGGCUGAUCAUAUCCCGGUCUCUACAAACUCGCUUUUCGGCCGCGCCAGGGCUGAUCGAUAAUGUGUAUUACAUCAUCGGUUAUGCCGCUCUGACCCUCUGCGACUACAACCCGUCAGAUCCAUUGAUCGACCAGGUGCGAGCCUUCCUGCUCCACCUCGCCCCGAGCAGCGAUCACUUGGCAUACCGGAUUGCUUGCAUCAUAGGGGAAGUCCAGCGCCGCUACUCCGAGGCAGCCUCUGCCGAUCAAGCUUCUCCGGGAGCAGAGGUGCUUAAGAGUGCCCUCUUCGCCGCACCGCCUCCCCGUGCUGGGAACAUAGAUCUUACGCAGCUGGUACCGGGUACUAUGGAGACUCUAGUUGAGGGCUUCGGUUGCUUUGACCAUCUGCUACCGCCUAGUUAUGUGCCAACUCAGUCAACAUUUUCUGCACCGACAAUGUUCCAGCAGCACCCCACAUCUGUGACGGGUGGUGCGAUGCCUGUGGGCCUGGUGCCACGGGCGCUUCACGAUUUCUGA